CAUUGUUAACAAUAGCCUACACAUGCGUGGUCUGUUUUGCUUUUGCCUCUGGAUCCUGAUCCGAGCGUCCUUUAGCACCAGAGUCACUGGCCUCGUUGGGCACAAUGUCACGUUGACAUGUAGGUAUGACGCCAAAACCCAUGGAGUCCUGAGUUUUUGUUGGGGCAAAGACAGGGUGCCCACGUCCAAAUGUUCCAACACCAUCCUCUCCUCCACCGGUGAGGCUGUGUCUAACAGAAGGUCCUCCAGGUACCAGCUGUUGGGCCGAGUGACAAAUGGAGAUCUGUCGCUGACCAUCCUCAAUGCUCGGAGGGAAGAUGCUGGGGUGUAUGGCUGCAGGGUUGAGAUUCCUGGGUGGUUUAAUGACCAUAAGGUUAACAUUGAACUGAUCAUAGAAGAAGCUGCUGUAGAACAACCUGUUACACAGAACUACAUAAUAUCUACUGCUGGAACAACAGAUGCUACAGAAAUACUGACAGCGUUGGCAUCUGAAAGCGUGGAAGUUGGUCACCAACGAAUGGACGCAGUUCAAAGUAAAACAGAGCAGGUGAAUUUCUUCUCGAGCAUUGGGAAUAUUGGCAGGAUGGCAGGUCUUUUAUUGCUCACCAUAAUCAUAAUCCUCUGCUUUAUUUUCCGAAGGAUGUUCCUGAUGAAGGAGGCACUGAAACAUCACAACUCCGUAACUGCUGAGAAUAUUUAUGAGAGCAUCGCGAUGACUUAAUGCUGUUGAUCAAAAAUAAGACACCAGAUUUCUACAGUAUAAGGAACUUCUGGCUGCAGAAGUGGAUGCCUGACGCAUGUCUAACCUUUUCAUUUCCAGAGCCUCUGCUUAACUAGUUCCCAGAAAAGCAGCUUACAGGAGUCCACUACAAAGAUCUCACAGAAAAGGGUGCAAUUGUUUCACAAAUUGCAAAAAUAACCUAAAGAUGAAUUAUUUUUUGCAUUUUGUCUUUCUUACUACCUAGAAGAGUCGUUGGCUUGUCAAUACUUGCGGACACAAUGCCACCUACUGGCCCUACUGAGCAAUAAUAAGCAAAUGUGAAAAACAAGUUUGUUAGGUAUAACUGCACUAUUAUCUCAGUAUAAACCUCUCAGCUAUAAUUGAAAAAACCUUCUUAUGACAUGGCUUAAAUGAACUGUGAAACAGCUAUUUAGUGAUGUGAAAAAUAUGUACUGUACUAUAUGUUAUAUAAGCUUUUUUUAACCACUGAAUAAUGUAAAAAUGGAAAAUGAUUUGAGAAAGAACCUUUACAU